GAGAUGCGCCGAAUAGUAGUUCUACCGAAUAACCGAAUACCGAAUACUAUUCGGUUCAAUCUUUACCGAACCGAAUAUUCGGCCGAAUUAUUCGGUUUACCAUUUCACUGCACUCCCGCAUAAACAGGUUCAAACAUGCACGCCACUUGUCGCCGCUGGCAGUUGCGAGCGAGUCGUACCUCGCCGCCCGCCACCCGCGCACACAUUGCGCGUCACUUUGCUCUAAAACAUUGCACGAGUAAGUUGUUAAUAAAUUAAAAUAUAAACUUUUUCGUGUUUGCAAUAUGAGUGGGCGUAAAAGAUCACGUGCUUGGGACUUUUUUGACGAAAUGGAAGAUGACAAAACCAAAGUUAAGUGCACUUUGUGUAGUUCUGUUAUUUCUCGCGGUGGAACAGGGCGCACUGCUUUAACGAGUGGAAUGACAAAUCAUUUGAAGUUGAAGCAUAAAGAUCAAUUGCCAGAAACAUCGUCUACUUCUGUGAGCGCUCCUGAACAUAGCUUUGACACUUUACCUACAACUUCGAGUGUAAAAUCCAAUAAACAACAAACUUUAGAGGAGGCUUUUGUUACGAAAUGGGAUAUUAAUGAUUCUCGAGCAAAAGAAAUUCAUAAUGCCAUCGCUGAAAUGAUCGCAACCGACAAUCAACCUAUUUCGAUUCUGGAAAACAAAGGCUUUGACAGAUUAUUGCAUUUAUUGAAGCCUAAAUAUAAGUUGCCUGGAAGAAAGUAUAUGAGUGAAGUGGUGAUUCCGGCAAUUUAUGAGAGAGUUAAAAAGUUAAUCAAAGAUGAAAUCUCAAAGGCCAAUGCAGUUUCGAUUACAUCUGAUAUGUGGACUUGCAUGAACAACAUGAUUUGCUUUCUAAGCUUUACUGCACACUGGCUUAAUGAGGAUUUUAUUCUUCAACACAGAGUUCUGCAAAUGAAACAUUUUGUUGGGUCCCAUUCAGGUAAUCAAAUACGUUCUGUAUUAGAAGAAUUAGCUUCAACUUGGGGCAUAUCUUCGCUUAUCCAUGUGAUCGUGAGAGAUAACGGUCCUAAUAUGGUAAAAGCCAUAAAGGAAAGUGCAUUUGAAGGCAAGGGGUGUUUUAUACAUACAUUGCAGUUGGCCAUUAAAGCGGCAUUAGAGGUUGAAAACGUAAGUGACGCUUUGAUCUCCGCUCGAAGAAUAGUAACACACUUCAACCACUCCAGCACGGCGCAACAAAAACUAAAAGAUAUCCAGAAAGAACUUCAUCUAACUGAGCAUCAGCUUGUCCAGGACGUCACAACUAGGUGGAACAGCACCUAUUAUAUGUUGGAAAGAGUCGUUGAACAAAAACGUGCGAUUUCGCUUUAUAUUUCUGACAAUUCUGGCUCAGUUAACAUUCGAAAUUGUACUGAAAGACAGUGGCAGAUUCUCAAAGAAUGUUUAAUUCUAUUAAAACCUUUUGAAGAAAUCACCAAAAUUACAAGUUCUACAUUUUCUACAAUUUCAGAAGUGAUUCCCCACAGUAACACUCUGAUCAAAUAUUUAACAAAACCCGAAAUUUCAGAAGAAGACAAAUACUACUGCCUUUCAACAUUAUUGGAUCCCCGAUUUAGAACGAGAUUUUUUGCCCAAGAAAAUUAUGAACUGGUGAGAAGAAAGCUUUUUCUAGAAGCGAUACAAAGAAGCGACCUUGAUGCGGAAAGCUCAAGCGAAGAUGAAGCUACAAACAGAGGAAGACCUCCACAAAAUGUUUCAAAUUUUUUAGAGGAAUCUCAUGUGACAUUUUGGAAUUGUUAUGAAGAACUUGCCUCGACGAAUCCUGUCAUUUCGGAAGAUCCUAAAAGCCCAAUUGCCGUGGAAUUGAACAAUUAUGAAUCUGAAAGUUUACUACCAAGAAACCAGAGCCCUUUUGAUUGGUGGGCAAAGCAUAAGUCAAAAUAUGCACAUUUAGCCAAUUUAGCUAGAGUGUUUCUAAGUGCUCCUGGUAGUAGUGUUUACAGUGAACGAUUAUUUUCGGAAGCAGGGAACCUGUAUGAAGAAAAACGAAAUAGACUCUUACCGGAGAGGGCAGAGAGCUUGGUGUUUCUGCACCAUAAUUUACCUUUAAUAAAUUAUAAAUAUUAGAUAUACCUAUGAAUAUGUUCCUUUUUGCCUGUGUUCUAUUUUACUUGUGAUUUCUAUUAUUUUUAAGGUAUUACUGUUACAGUCCCUAUUAUUGAUUAAUAUUAAUAUUUUAAUUUAUAAUAAC